AUGUCUGAACCAAGAACUGGUAGUAACAAGGAUGCAGGCGGCGGGGGGCCCACCCCCACCGCCAGCAAUAACAAUCGCGGCUCACGACGUGGCGGGCGAGGAGGAGGCAACGCAAACGGCGGCUCCAGUGGCCAAGGAGGUCGUUCAGGUGGAGGACUCCGACGCACGGGCAACCAGAGCAGCGGAAACCGCGAUUCGGACUCGCAAGCCUCCGAUGUCUCGACCAAGCGACGCUCAAACUCGAAUCGCGGCGGUCGUGGUGGAGGCGGUGGGUCUUCUGCAGGUCCCAGACGUCCAUCGCGUCCAGGAAGCGCUACCCAACCCAGUCCAAAGGCCAGCGGUGUACCCCCUCUUCCAGGAAACGCCCCUCCGCUGCCCGAGGGCGAGAGCGCUGCGCUUUCAAAUCUGCAAAAGGUCAUCACUGACCUCAAAUCGAUGCCUGCCUCGGCGAGCCAAGCACAGCAAGCGCAAUCGCCACCUCAACAAUCGACGGCUCCUACAUAUGCGCAGACGGCACAGCAGUCCAAUCUGACGGCCACGGCCGCUCCCUUCCAGCCAUCGUUUGCGAACAAUGAUGUGCCGCCAAGACAUCGCAAGGCUCAGUCUAUGGGUCCUACACCAACAGGCCCAGCCGCUACCGGUCCGAGCUAUGGUAUGGGUGGAUAUGCCCCCUAUCUCGACCCGAUGAGUGAGGAUGCAGAGAACCAAGCGCCCGAAAGCCCUCUGCCCCCCAUGACUCAAUUCUCCAACCGCCAGCCCAUGGGCUCCUUCCAAGCACCUCGCUUUUCGAGCAUGUCCCAGGCUUCGGGCGGCGAUCAAGACGCUGUAGGACCAUCUGGACGGCCUCAGCUUGCGCCAUCUUUCUCUUUUGGUGCCAAACGCCGCACGAAUAGUCUUUCAGUUGGACCAGGCCCUGCUAUUGGAGAAGAGGAUGCCGGAUUUCAAUUCCCUCAGCAGAACUCGACCUCUAGGCAGCCACAGGCUCACCAGCAAGAGGCAUACGAACCCCAGCAGCCGGUUGCUGGCUCUCAUCGUCGUACUGGUAGCGAGAUCAUGUCGCAGCAAAUUGCCCUCCAGAAUCAAAUUGAGGCGCUCCAACAGCAACAACAGCAACUCUUGCAGCAGCAACUCGCGUCCAAUCAAGUUAUGAGCUCGUCCAUCUCUGCGCCGGCUCUUGCUUCUCAGCGUUCCGCUGCCCAUCGUAGGAUUCAGAGCCAACAGGUUUCCCCUGGUGGCUUCCAAGGCAACUUCCAGCCCCCAGCUCCUGUGGGCGGCUUCGUAGGUGGCGGAAUGGGACUUGACCAAGCGAGUAUUCCCAAGGGACACGGCAGGCGCCAUUCCGUCAACGUCCUCAACAAGGGUCACGCAUCUCAGCCUUCUCAGUUCUUCUCCUACCAGGGAGUGGAUGGCUUUGACGAUGGUUUCCAGGCCCCCGCAAACGCUCCGCCAGUUCCUACCCAACACAACCGUGGUCAAUCGCGCGCCGACUCGAGCUGGCGCAUCAAUGGUGGAGCGGGCGCUAUCCAGGCUGCCAAUGGAUAUCAGGCUGAUCUCGCUCAGGCACAAGCUCAACUUCAAAGUCUUGCACAGUUCCGUGCUGCAUCCGGCGGACAUCAUGCCAAGAUGCCUUCGUUCAGUUUCCCGAACAUGUUGCCAAACAUGAUGGCUGCAAACAUGAUGGGAAUCAGCGGGCUCAACCUCAUUCAACAGCAACAGCAGCAAUUCCAAAUGCAACUGCAACAGCAGAACCAGCCCCAGCGCAAGUCUCUCUUUGCGCCAUACCUUCCCCAGGCAUCACUUCCUCCUCUCCUUGCGGCAGGAAAGCUUGUCGUGGGUAUCCUCCGAGUCAACAAGCGCAACCGUUCAGAUGCAUAUGUUGCGACAGAAGUCUUGGACGCCGACAUUUACAUUUGCGGAUCCAAGGAUCGUAAUCGUGCUCUCGAGGGCGAUAUUGUGGCUGUCGAGCUCCUAAAUGUGGAUGAAGUCUGGGCUACUAAGAAGGAAAAAGAGGAAAAGAAGCGCAAGAAGGAAGAAAACGCAGCUUACGACAUCCGUGCCCCCGGUGGACGCAAGAAUGAAAAGAAAAAGGACGAUGUCGAGGUUGAAGGCCAAGGUCUCGGCCUGUUCGAAGAUGAAGAGGUCACCGACGAGAUCAAGCCGCAAUUUGCUGGUCACGUCGUGGCCGUCGUGGAACGCAUGCCAGGCCAGCUCUUCUCUGGAACACUCGGUCUCCUUCGUCCUUCCUCUGCGGCGACAAAGGAGAAGCAGGAAGCUGAACGUCGCGAGCGUGAGGGUGAUCGCGGAGAUGAGGGUGCUAAGCGUGUCCCAACCGAACGACCAAAGAUUGUUUGGUUCAAGCCCACAGACAAGCGUGUCCCUCUCAUCGCCAUUCCGACGGAACAAGCCCCGUCCGACUUUGUCGAAAAUGCGGAGGCUUAUGCCGAUCGUCUCUUCGUAGCCUGCAUCAAGCGUCAUCCCAUCAGCUCGCUCCAUCCGUUCGGAACUCUCGUCGAGGAACUUGGUCCUAUUGGCGACGUCGAGGUCGAGACGAGUGCACUUCUAAAGGACUGCAACUUCCCAACGGAAGACUUCACUGAAAACGUGCUCAAGUGCUUGCCGCCUCUUCCUUGGAGCAUUCCCGAACAUGAGUACAAGACUCGCAAGGAUCUUCGCGAUACACGAAUUUUCUCUAUCGAUCCACCCACCGCGCGCGACAUUGAUGAUGCCCUCUCCAUCACCAAGAAUGACGACGGAACGUACGAAGUUGGCGUCCAUAUCGCUGAUGUCUCCUACUUCGUCAAGCCGAAUACAGCUUUGGACCGUGAUGCCAGAAAGCGCUCCACCAGUGUCUACCUUGUCCAACGUGCAGUGCCAAUGCUCCCUCCAGCCCUUAGCGAGGAGCUAUGCAGUUUGCUCGCUGGACAGGAAAGGCUCGCAUUCUCUGUCAUCUUCACGCUCACAGAGGACGCUCGUGUUAUCAAAAAGUGGUUCGGACGCACAAUUAUCAAAUCUGCAGCGAAAUUGGCGUACGAUCAUGCGCAAAGUGUCAUCGAUGGCAAAGGGUUGCCGGAGGUUCCUAUUACUCCUGGACACGAUGCCUCUGCCAUUGCUGGUGACAUUGCUCUUCUCCAUAAACUGGCCCAACACUUGCGUCAACGCCGCUUCCAGAAUGGAACUCUUCGCAUUGAAGAGAACAAGUUAAUGUUCACAUUGGACGAAAAUGGAGUCGCAACUGACUGUUACAACUACAACUUUACUGCUGCAAACGCACUCAUCGAGGAGUUUAUGUUGCUCGCCAACUUUGCAGUCGCACAGCAGAUUGCCGUCAACCUUCCGGAGCAGGCUCUACUCCGUCGCCACGACGAGCCUUUGGAACGCCGUUUGAAUGCAUUUGCCGAGCGUGCUGCUCGCUUGGGCUACGAGAUGGACAUUUCGUCCGCUGGUGCUCUCCAGCGCUCCUUUGAUGCCAUUACAAACCCCGAUGCUCGUCGCCAGCUCGAAGGACUUGCAGUCAAAGCUAUGCACCGUGCUAAAUACUUCUGCGCGGGCAUGUUGGACAUUGCCAAGUACCAGCACUAUGCGCUCAAUGCGCCGCUCUAUACGCACUUUACGUCACCCAUCCGUCGUUACCCAGACAUUUUGGUUCACCGUCAGCUCGAUGCCAUACUCACACCCGUGGAUAAUGAAAUCAAGUUCUCAAUGGACCGAGACUCUGUUGCCAAGGUGGCUCAGCAUUGUAAUAUCAAGAAAGACAUGGCCAAGCUCGCCCAAGAACAAUCAGCCCAUCUGUUCCUCUGCUUGUUCAUCUCAGACCUCACUCAGCGAUACGGUCCCGUAAUUCGGCAAGCCAGAGUGGUCGGCGUCCUUGAUGCGGCGUUUGACGUGAUCGUACCUGAGUUCGGUAUCGAGAAGCGUGUGCACAUUGAUCAGAUCCCUAUCGAUAAUCAUGUCUACGACGAACACAAUCAUGCCCUUCAGAUCUAUUGGUCGGAGCGCGACGUUAUCUCGUGGCUUGCCGAGAACAGCGACGAUGAGCAUCUGAAGAAGGUCAAGCAGACUGCUGAACAACACGCGCUGAAGAUGGAAGUUGCAUCCCGCUCGGUCAACGACGAAAGUGCACUGUUUGACGACGACGGAGAUGACGAGGAACAAAUCAUGGUCAAUCGCACGGGUGGGGCUCAGGGUGAGAAGGAGACGUCGAAGCAGCGAUUGCUCUCGAUGGCGAAGAUUCCGCCCAAGUUUGAGGGACUUCGCACCACCCCGUCCGGCCACCGUAUCCAAGACAUCAAGGAGCUGAUGAGCGUUCCUGUCAUUGUCACCGCAGAUCUCACGAAGAGUCCCCCUGUCCUCAAGGUUUAUGCAUGCAACCCUUAUUCCAAGGAGACAGCAGGGCGAAAGUAG